AUGGACAAACUGGGCGAGGCGGGACAGUUCACGCUCUUCGCUCCCACCAACGCCGCUUUCGAGCAGAUGGGCAUCCAGAACCUGGAGCGUCUGCAGGACAACAAGGCUGUUCUCCAGGGAGCCAAAAACAGUAAAGAUGGAAAUGUGAAGCAGAUGCUGGAGGCGGAGGUCUUCCUUACCCGGCAGUUCACCCGAGGCCGUUUCCACACACAGCCUUGCAUCACGCUAAACUGA